AUGCCUCCUAAGAAAGCCGCGAGACCUGCGCAGGAGAACAUUUCUCUCGGUCCCCAAUUGCGUGAAGGGGAAUCAAACGUAUUCGCUACUGCUCGUAUCUUUGCCAGUUUCAAUGACACCUUUGUUCACAUUACCGAUUUGUCCGGCCGGGAAACCAUCACUCGCGUUACUGGAGGCAUGAAAGUCAAGGCUGACCGCGAUGAAUCCUCGCCAUACGCUGCCAUGUUGGCAGCCCAGGAUGUAGCCACAAGAUGCAAGGAAUUAGGCAUUAAUGCUCUCCACAUCAAGAUCCGCGCGACGGGAGGCAAUGGAACCAAGACCCCUGGCCCAGGCGCUCAGUCGGCUCUACGUGCCCUUGCUCGAUCAGGUAUGAAGAUUGGAAGGAUAGAAGAUGUGACGCCCACCCCGUCAGACUCGACCCGUCGUAAAGGUGGUCGCCGUGGUCGUCGUCUAUGA